UGUGCAUUCCAAUUCAAGCAUCGAAAAACCUCUGCAUCGAUCAUCUCGAUUUUGAAAAUUAUGGCUGUGAAAAAAAUUAGUGUAUACUGUGACGAAUUAUUUGUCCGUCUAUUUUGCCCCGAAAUAAGUGCUCCAUGAUCCGCAAUAUCUAUAAUAUUUUUCGUAGGUAGAGGGAAUUGGCGCUUGAACGUCAAAUGAGUUGUCCGCGCAGAGCGGCUACUUUCCUUGCUCUUCCAAGAUCCCAUUUUCUCGUCUGCCACACUCUCUGAGUUCCAUUUUCUUAAUCUUACCACACUGCUCUCCACUUCCUCAUAGCUCGCCAUGGAAGCAGAGAAGAAGACAAAUCCCAUUAAUUUCAGCGUCUACCAGAACCCUCUCCUAUCUGCGGCUCUCACUGCUAGGAGCCUCAGGCCCUCCAAAUCCACCAUUUUCUUCGUCUUCACCAUAUGUAUUUCUUCUGCAUCCGCUCUCUUCUCCAUCGCCUCCAGGGGGGAUGGGUUCAUGGAAUACUUGCAUCGCAUAAAUGUUCCUAAAGGCACAUCAUAUUUGAUCUGGAAAGUUUCUCAGAUUGUUGUGGCCUUUGUGUUCAUUGGAUCCAUAUCUGGCCUUCUGAAAGUCGUCUCUUUGCAAAAAACAAGAGAUGGUGUUCACUUAAGUUACCCUUCUAGUGGCACAAAGGAGCCUAGUCACCUAACUGAUCGUCAACAGGCCCUCAUAGGAUUAAAGAAACCCAUCUCAAAUGAAAAUGUUGAUAAAGAUUCCUUAUUUAGCACUGGUAGCAGACAGAAACCACCAAAAUCAAGACUAAGCUCACCUUCGACUGUGCUAUUUCCACUUCAUAACUCAGCCUCUAAAAGCAGCAACUCAUCGUCACAGAUUGGGUUGGAAAAACAUAGCUCUAGUGGUGGCAAGCCAAAUUCUCUUACUCAUUCAUCAGUAUCACCUGCUUCUACUUCUCCACUGUACCUAGUGAACCUGAAUCCUCGUCAACCAUCAUCAGUUCAGAGCUCCCCAGCAUUGGACAAGCCGAUCUCGACUCCUUGGUCGAAGCAGCGACUGAAAGAAAUACCAACAGAGGCAGUCCUCGAGGAGUUUCUUGCAGAUGUGCGCGAGAAAAUCAUGGAGUCAGCGGUUACACCUUCUCAAAGUCUUAUGACCCCUCCACCCACUCUUCAUGGUGUUGGCGUUAUGACCCCCACUUCUGCAGCCACCUCUGCAACUGCAAGGAGUACGCCACUGAGGCCUGUGAGGAUGUCUCCCAGUUCACAGAAGUAUACUACUCCUCCUAAGAAGGGAGAAGGUGACCUCCCUAUGUCCAUGUCAAUGGAGCAAGUUAUUGAGGCUUUUGAAAGUCUUGGAAUAUACCCCCAUAUUGAGCAGUGGCGAGACCGUCUCAGACAAUGGUUUUCUGCUGUCUUGCUGAAUCCGCUCAUGGAAAAAAUCGAAAUGAGUCAUAUACAGGUCAUGCAAGCAGCUGCCAAGCUUGGCAUUUGUAUAACUGUGAGUCAAGUGGGAAGUGAUUCUUUAAAUGCUGGGACUCCUGUUACUGUUUCUCCAAUAGAAGGGAUAAAAGGAUGGCAACCAACUUUUGUACUUGAUGAGGAUGGGCUUCUUCAUCAGCUGCGAGCUACUCUUGUACAAGUUCGUGAUGGAAAUCCAUCAGCUCAAAUAUCUUUCUCUAGUCAACAACAACCACAAAAUCCUAUGAUUCCCAUUAUACAAGAGUGUUUAGAUGCUAUCACUGAACACCAGAGGCUUCAUGCGCUUAUGAAAGGGGAAUGGGUCAAGGGUUUGUUACCCCAUAGCAGUGUCCGGGCUGACUAUAGUGUUCAAAGGAUCAAAGCAGAACUUGCUGAAGGGACCUGCUUGAAGAAUUAUGAAUACCUUGGGAACGGGGAAGUUUAUGACAAAGUAAAUAACCGAUGGACUCUUGAGCUUCCUACUGACUCUCACCUUCUGUUGUAUCUUUUUUGUGCAUAUCUCGAACACCCUAAGUGGAUGUUGCAUGUUGAGCCAACUUCCUAUGCCAGUACCCAGUCUAGCAAGAACCCAUUAUUUUUGGGUAUUCUGCCUCCAAAGGACAGAUUUCCAGAGAAGUAUGUGGCUGUACUAUCCAGCACACCACCAGUUCUUCAUCCUGGGGCUUGUAUACUUGCUGUUGGGAAGCCGAGCCCUCCUGUUUUUGCUUUGUACUGGGAGAAAAAAUUACAGUUCUCCCUUCAGGGAAGGACGGCACUUUGGGAUGUUCUCUUACUUCUCUGUCAUAGAAUCAAGGUGGGCUAUGGAGGCAUUGUGCGAGGUAUGCCGCUUUCUUCUUUGGCCUUCAACAUUCAUCCCAUUAUUGAAAUGGAAAUUGAGGAUUGAUAGGCAUGAGAAGUGGGUCAAUUUCUGGGGACCUCUCAAAAUAAGGGCCAACCUAUGUCCUCAAUUUUGGAAAGAGAAAUUUAGCGACUUGAAAUUCUGAAAAUUUGGACGUCUAUUUUGAGGCAAUAUGGAUAUUCCUCUUGUGCAUUUGGCGAUAUGAUCAGCGACUGAUAUGGAAUUACAAUGUGAAACUGAUUAAUCUUACAAUGGGUUCUGUUCACCAAUUUUGUUCUAUUUUUUUUGUGGGAUGGGUAUGCUGCUGACUCUAACCAAGCAACGUAUUGCUAUAUAGGGCCCUAACCACUAAUCCAAGAAGCUGCGGCAUGUUUUUCCCCUUUUAUUUGGUGGUGGGGAUCGGAAACCUUCCCAUCCACAUGUAAAACUUUGCGUUGUACAAGCUCUCCAUGUCACGACUUUUUGUAUGUUAAAAUUUUCGUGCUCUUUUUCGCAUUA